UUAACACGGGUAAAUCAAAGUGGGCGCGAGGAAAAGCAUGCUCGGUGCUUUGAUCUUAUCAUGUCCCUGCGGCUCUCUCAAUCAAGGUGUGUGCUGCACGAGCACGCGUCGCGGCCCCACUCGGGUACACGCGCGCCUGCGCCGAACCCCAUCAUAAUCGCCUCCACCUCCGAAGAAUCAUCGACUCGAAAAGAAGCCAUAUACCUCUGUCGCACGGCUCGUCGGGCAGACAGCAACAGGCGUUUCGGCACCGGUCCAUCCAUGGGUGAACCUGAUUUUGUCAAUAAAGACAAGCUAAUAUUGAGGGGCUUACAGUUUCAUGGAUUUCAUGGCGUGAAACCAGAGGAAAAGAAGCUAGGACAAAAGUUUGUGGUUGAUGUAGAUGCCUGGUUAGACUUAAGCAAUGCUGGUAAAUCUGAUGAUAUUUCCGACACUGUCAGCUACACCGAUAUUUAUAGGUUAGUUAAGGAAGUUGUGGAGGGUCCAUCUCGAAAUCUUUUGGAGUCGGUAGCUCAUGUGAUCGCAAAUACCACAUUUCUCAAAUUCCCUCAGAUAUCUGCUGUCAGAGUGAUGGUUGGGAAGCCUCACGUUGCUGUCCAUGGCACCAUCGACUAUUUAGGCAUCGAAAUACUUAGACACAGAGAUCAAAAUCAUGAUAAGUGUGAGCCUGAAUGAGAGUCUUUCGAGAGCCCGUAUUUUUCGCUCAAGUUGAAUUCAGCACGAGCUCUUAUUUGAGAAAUUUUCAUGAACAUCGAGGUACUUUUUCUCCACACCGGUCAAAGAUAAUUAAUAUGCAGUCAUUCGGUGAA